AUGCGUCAUUUCAGUCUACCGCUUGCAGUGUUUGCCACGCUCGUUUCACCAUUAAUUGCUUGUGAAGGUCCUCAUGCAAAGACUUGUCCUAAUGAUCCUGACCACUCCAUCGUCGUUGAUCAAUCGGGUGCAUACCCCGGAAGUUACAAGACCGUCAAGGAAGGUGUUGCGAAUCUUUCCCAAAUGAAAUCAAACCUUUUUAUCUACCCAGGUGAAUACCUUGAGCAAGUGGUUAUCCCAAGUGGGUUGACCAAUGUGACUGUACAGGGGUUCACAUGUGAUACGACCACGUAUGCAUUGAACACAGUGACAAUUACGCAUGCGAAAGCACAACGUGAUCUUCCUGCGAAUGAAACUAACAAUCGCAAUUUCCAGACAAGUACUCUUGGUAUCAAAGCCGAUCAGUUCAAGAUGUACAAUAUCAACGUUGCCAAUACAGCUGGUCCGAUUCGAGUGAAUGGACAAGGUGUAGCUGUGUUUGCCAGUGGAAAAGAUCAUGGAUUUUACGCCUGCAGCUUCACGGGGUACCAGGAUACAUUUGCUGCCAGCAACGGUCGUAUUCUCAUUGUUUCUUCACAUAUCAGCGGCACUGUUGACUUUAUCUUUGGUCAAAAAGGCUUGAUGUGGGCCGAGAAAUGCGAUAUUGAGGUCCUGGGUGAUGGCUGGAUCACUGCUAAUGGAAAUAACAAUUGGACUCGGGAAUCGGAGUUUGUGUUUAAUCGUGCAACUGUUUAUGGUAUUGGUCGUACCUUUCUAGGUCGUCCAUGGCGACCAUACUCCCGCUGUAUCUGGCAAAAUAGUUUUCUAGGAGAAGUGGUGGAUCCACAGGGUUGGUCGAAGUGGAACGACGAUUCGGUAGACAAUGUUUUCUAUCGAGAAUUCAACAAUCAAGGCCUUGGUGCUACCAUGGAUCAACGCGUAUCGUUCAGUGGUUUAUUGGGUUGUGCUAUGACGAUUGAACAACUCCUUGGAAACGUUGUUGGGGAUUUCAUUUACGACAGUCGAUUCAUGUAG